GACAUCAUGAAACUGGUCGUAACUUUGCUAAUCUGUUUAGCAGCUGGGGCAUGUUCGGCUGAAUACAGUAAGCAGCGGGUAGAAGAAGUUCUAAAAGUAGCCAAACAAUGCAAGCUGGAGCUCUCGCUUCCCGAAGAGGACAAUGUGGUUGAACGUGCGUUAACCCGAAAUGAUAUGAGAUACAUGCUCUGUUUUUACUCCAAGUUCAACAUGCUCGAUGCAAACGAUAAUAUUGUCGUUGAUAAGGUGGUCGACUUUAUGGUGGAACAGUACGCUGAAAAGGUGAUUCGUCCGGUAGUUACCAGGUGUGCCAAACAGGGCGAUCCCUCCGUGUACGAACGUCUGUGGAAAUUCUACCAGUGCAUCAGUACCGAUAAGAGCUGGUAGUGAAGAAGUUGAGGAUUUGAAUUUCAAGAAAUGUGGAU